GACACCUCCCGCGCUUUAGCUGUACUCAGCAAGUUUCACAACAAGUUAAAAACUGAUGGAUUUGAAAGUCAUGCCCAGAACCUAUCAAAGGUUCGAGACAUGUUGCAGCAUCCAGUAUUUGGCCAUCUACUAAAUAUGCAAUCUUCAAUGGGUGACAUGAUAGAAAAGGUUUGUAUUUGUGAUGAACCCACAUCACAUAUGCCUACAAACAUGGCAAAUGAAAAUAGUGAAGAAAUUGAAUCAGUACACGGUGAAAAUGCAACAGAAGUUAAGGCUGCGAAUAUGAUAUUGCCAUCUAUGGAUGAUCAUGACUUCCAAGAAGCGAUGCAAGUUGCUGCCCAAGGUCGAAUGAUUGAGGUAAUAACCUUGCUUAAACCACCAAAUGGAAGCCUUGGAUUUUCUGUUGUUGGUCUUAACAGUGAAAGUCACGGUGAGCUGGGUAUUUUUAUACAAGAAAUAUUUCCGGAAGGAAUUGCAGCAGUAGAUCGUAGACUGCAAGAAAGCGAUCAAAUCUUGGCUAUCAAUAAAAUUCGCAUAGAUAGUGGUAUACCUCAUCACGAAGCAAUAAAACUACUUCAGCAGGCCUCUGGGGAAAUCGAAUUAGUAAUUGCCAGAGGUGAAGGUACCGAAUCUCCUAGCUUAUCGCGAUCUUCUUCAAUAAUGGAAGAUCAUAUGAAUGAAAUUCGUCGACGUACAUUAUCGACGACAAGCGCUUCUUCGCAAUUGUCUGCUAAUAUUCAAAACCGUGAUGGACCCAAGUGGCGUCAAUUAGAAUUAAUUACUUUGUAUAACGAUGGCUCUGGUUUAGGUUGUGGUAUAAUUGGCGGACGUAAUGCUGGUGUUUUAGUAAAGAGCAUACUUAAAGGUCUAGCGGCUGAUCGAGACCAACGCUUGAGAAGUGGUGAUCAGUUACUACAAAUCGAUGACGUUGCCCUUAAAGGUAUGUCCAGUGAGCAAGUAGCAGGCGUUUUUAAACAGUGUACUACUACGGUAAAUUUAAUAGUUUCCCGCAAGUCAUCUUAUGAGCCACCACUAGAUGGCCGAAUUCAUUCGACGGUUCCACUAAAGACCUAUGACAUGUAUGUUAAUUAUACUCCUCAAGAUGGAAUAGAUGUUCUUGUUGGCGGCUACAUUGGUGAACAGAUAAGUGAACAAUUAAAUGGCUUAUUUGUUAUAGGUGCUGCUGACGGUGAUAUCACAUCCAUUAGUAGUAAAUUAAAUAAAAAUGAUCAAAUUGUGAAAGUUAAUGGGAUAACUGUUGUUGGUGAAAGUGCUCUAACCAUUUGCGACUUACUAAGAAAUAGUGGCGACAGGAUAACGCUUACUAUGGCAGAUUCUUCACCUGAUAUACAAGUUGAUGCAACUGCUGAACGAUACGAUGAGUUAGCAACUGAUAUCCAAAAUGAACUGAUUUCGGAUACACCAGCGGUAUUACCCCCUGAUAGUUAUGCUGAGCCAGAGGAAGUGAACACGAAUGAACCAGUAAAUCUUUUAGAAAUGAGACUUGUAGAAGCAGCCCUAUCUGGCUUAAAAACUGACGGACGCGUUGAUGAUGAAACGCUCGAAAAAAUGAAAGCCAAAUGGCAAGAAAAGAUCGGGCUUGAUAAAACGAUUGUCGUGGCUGAGCUCUGCGACUUUGAUCCUGCGGGAGGACUAGGCAUCAGCAUAGAAGCGAAAUCCUUAGAUACUGAAUCACCAGAACACUUUAUACGAUCAAUUACUGAGAAUGGAAUUAUUGAUCGCAAUGGCGUGCUAAUGGUUUACGAUAAACUCCUAGAAGUCAAUGGAAAUCAAAUUUCUGGACUCUCAGAUAAGAAUGUUAUUGAAGUCAUUCGUUGUCUGCCAUCAUACGUCUACAUUGUAGCUGCAAGAGAGUUACAACCAAUAGAGGAAACAACUGAAUUUCAAACUGCUCACCAAGAUGAAGCAGCGAUUGAUUUUUCAUUCAUGGAUGAUGAAGAUGAAAAUGAUUCCCGAAUACAGCCGCCUGAAAUUACUGAAUCUACAGAUGCACCUAUCUCUCGAAAUUAUCCCAUUAAUCGAAAAGCUUCUUUAGAACAGUUUGCCACUACAGCAAGAUGGAAGGACAAACCAAUGGUUAUAGAAUUGGCUAAAGAAGACCAUGGAUUAGGUUUCAGUUUGUUAGAUUAUUUUUCUGUUAACUUAGGCUCCAAGAUUAUACUAAUAAGAAAUGUAAUAAAAGGCGGAGUAGCUGAUACUGACGGAAGGAUACAACCUGGAGAUCGACUAAUAUCUGUUAAUGGAAAGAGUCUUGAAAAUGCAAGCUUAGAUUAUGCAGUUGAGAUGUUAAAGUCGACAGCUCACGGUAUUGUUCGUAUAGGUAUUACGAAGCCAAUCACAGCAGUACCUCAACGUAUGUCCAAAGGUUUGAUUAUGGAAUCCGUUCCAGAAAAUGCAAUUGAACGUAGCGAUGCAGAAGCAGUUUGUAGCACUGAUACAGAAAUGACAGAAGGUACACGAAAUAACUAUCGUGAUAAAAGACCUACGCCUUUAAAUAUUACGGAACCAGAUGAAGGCAUUACUAAUACCUCAGAACCAGUUAUUCCUCCUUAUGUAGAAUACAUUACUAUUGAUAAAGGGAAAUCUGGUCUAGGGUUAAAUAUAAUGUGCGAUGAUUACGGGUAUGGUGCUGUGAUUAAGAACAUUUUACCAGGUGGUGCCGUUGAAAAUGAUAGCAGACUAGAAGUUGGGGACAUUAUCAUGGUAAUCAAUAACAAAAGCGUCAUUGGACUCAGUUCUAUAAAAUCAAGAGCAAUUCUUCGUCGAUGUACUUUACAUGGAGAUCAAAUUUCUUUCGAUACAAUUAUACCUAGUCAACAUGAAACUGUCAAAGAUGCACGUAUGCCUGACUUUUCUCAGUUUGAUGCAUCGCAAGAAGAUGUAUGUGAUGCAGCAGAUACUGAUUCAGCUAUUGCCGUUAUGGCAUCAGCGGAAACAUAUCCCAGUGAAGAAUUCAUGGACGACAAUACCGCUAAUACUAUUCAGUCCUUUCCGUUUCACAAAGUCGUUGAAUUAUAUAGAGAUCCAAGGACUGGCUUAGGAAUUGGAAUAGCAGCUGGGAGUAGUCAGGGUGAUGUGGAAAGUUCGGAAAGUAUUAAAGGAGUGUUUAUUCGUCAAAUUAAAGCAGAUAGCCCAGCUGGAAGAUGCGGCAUGUUGAUGCCUGGAGAUAGAUUGCUACAGGUCAAUCACGUCGAUGUAAGCAAUGCGACUCACGAGGACGUCAUAAAUGUAAUUCGUAAUUCACCCGACCCUGUAAGGAUCGUUGUGCAAAGUCUUAUUGCAACAAAUGAUGACAGCAAUGCAAACACGGACAAAAACCACGAAAACGAUCAUAGCCCGGUAGAAUCGAUGCAAGUAUUAGAGCCAGUAUCAGUUGUCCCAUCUGCUGCUACCUUACAGCAAUCCGUUGUGGUGGCUGUUCCUGAAUCUGUGCCAAAUAAUGAAGAUCAAAUAAAUGUUGCUGGUAACUUGAGCGAAACUAUUAACGAUGUUGAUCUAAGCCCUGAAGAACAAAUCAUGGAAAAAUAUGAUAUAGAUCGUGGAGACGUUUUUAUCGUACAGCUAUUCAAAGGAAGUAGUGGUCUCGGAAUAAGUAUCACCGAGAAAAAAUAUCAGGAUUCGCCGAGAAUAUUUGUCGCAAACGUUAAACCAGACGGUCCUGCUGGUUUAGAUGGGCAAAUCAGCCGUGGAGAUGAACUAUUAGAAGUAAACGAUGCUGUACUACGCGGUAAGCAGCAAAAGGAUGCUUUAACAAUUUUAAAAGGUAUGCCAGCCGAUGUUAAACUAAUUAUAUAUCGGCCGCUAUGGGAAAAGGAAAGACGAUCUUCUACCUUAAAACAAGAAAUAUCAGAAGAAACACCUAACGUGGUUAUGAAAAAUUCUGCAUCAUCCGAAAGUCUUACGGUACCAAGAAGUCGAUCGUAUGCAGAUCUCUCUCCUGCAGCAAGUCCUACAGAAUCUACUCUCAUCGUUACAUUAAUAAAAGACAGAGUAAAAGGUUUAGGAGUUGCAGUUGGGGAACCGAGAGGAAUUGAGAAAAAUUCAGGUCACUACGUUAUCAAAAAUAUUGCAGAAGGAGGAGUUGCUGCACGCGAUGGUAGGUUAAAGGUCGGAGAUCGAUUAUUAGCAGUUAAUAGAAAGUCUAUAACUGGUUUGACAUAUCAAGAGGCAAUAGAAGCUUUGAAAGAAGCUGAAGGAGCAGUUACACUUACUGUGUUAUCAACGAACAGCGGCAUUAAUGUACCUAUUAGCCCAUUUGCUACACUGCCUAGAAAUUUAGAAGGUGCAGCUAGAUCAUCUGAUCCUGGUGAUUCUCAAAAGGAAAGUACCGGAACUACGCCAACAAAUGCAAGUCCAGCAGAAACACCCAUUAUUAAAACUCCACCUAUCGACUUUGAUGAUGCUAUAUCUCUUCGAACUUGUCCUGUUAUCCCUGGGAAAGAAACUGCAAUAGAAAUUGACAAGGGUGAUGGUGGCCUUGGAAUAACAAUUAUUGGAGGUGCUAAUACAUUGUUAGGUGCUACCGUAAUAUAUAAGAUAUAUGAAGAUGGUGCUAUAUAUGAUGAUGGGAGAUUACAAGUUGGUGAUCAUAUUCUAGAAGUAAAUGGAGUCAAUUUACGCAAGGCAGAUCAUGAUGCAGCUAUAACAGCAUUACGUAUUGCUCCUCCAGUCGUAAAGCUAUUGAUAUUUCGUGAAAAUGCUGAUACUGCAGCUUUUCGUGAUGAUAUUCUUGAUGUUUUUACCGUUGAACUUCGGCGUAGCUCUUCGGAGGGACUUGGCUUUAGUAUUAUUAAAGGUGGAACAGAAAAUGAAAUUUUUAUUUCAGAUAUUGUCACUGGUGGGCUAGCAGAGAAAGAUGGCAGAUUGUUGGAAGGUGAUCAAAUUGUCGCUAUCAAUGGAAUAGAUGUGCAAAAGCAGACCCAUUUAGAAACUACUAAAAUUCUGAGAGAUCCGAAAGGCACGGUGCGUUUAACGAUUAGUCGAUUGAAGGCUGGAUCAGUAGCUGGUUCGGUAAUGUCAGCAUGGCCGUCUACAAGUAGCCUCAUUGGUAGCGGACUACAUUCGAGUACUGAUAGUCUACUUGGAACCAACCUUGCACAAAAGGUAGACAAUAAAGUUAAGAUAGUACAACUGUUUAAGCGUAAUCCGCAAGAUUCAUUAGGGCUCAGUUUCUCGGGUGGUGCUGGAAGUCCUCUAGGUGACGUACCCGUAACCGUAGUAAUUGUUAGACCUGGGGGAUUGGCAGCACAAAAUGGAGAAAUUAAAGUGAAUGAUCAAAUUCUAAAAAUCAAUGGCCAAAACUUGGAUGGAUUAACCGACGUUGAUGUGGUUAAAAUGUUAAAAAAAGCUACUGGUACAAUAAGUCUACAAGUCUUAUCCCCCGAAUCUGAUAAGACUAAGACCAGAAUAUCAAGUUCAACAUCAUCUGAAUUGGUCCCAUCUCCUAAUGUGAAAGAUAUACCAACUACCAUAGACACAGAUAACACUACGCUCAAAGAAUCUAGACAAGUUAUUUUAGAACGCGGCGUCGAUGGUCUUGGUUUUAGCAUCGUCGGUGGCAAUGAUAGUGUACAAGGCAACUUGCCAAUAUUCAUCAAGCAAGUUUUCCCUUGGGGAGCAGCUUCUAGAAGUCAAGAGCUAAAGGCUGGUGACCAAUUAAUAUCAGCAAAUGGUCACAGUUUACUUAAUGUUUCACAUGAAGAAGCAGUAAACAUACUUAAAGGCAGCAAAGGGAGUUUGGUUUUGACUAUAUCAUCGUAA